AUGGCAGGGCAUUCGCACAGAUCAUCGGUCAAAAACGGCCACAAACCGUUCAAAUCCAAACAUGCUUCAAAAGGAGCUCUCAAGAACAUGCACAAGGGCAAAGUCGAGAAGGGUACUGGGGCGUCGCACAAGAAGUCAAACGGACCUAAAGUUGUAUCGAAACUUCAGCGUACCAAUGCCGCCAAACAAGCGCGCGAACAGAAGGUUAUGGAUGCAUUGGAGAUACGUCGGCUCUUUGAAGGCUCCAACGGAGCGGAGAAAAUCGUCGCAGUGAUCCCUCUGACGCCAGACGUCAAUGCAUUGGACAUAGUAGCACAAAUCGUGGCAACGGCCAGCGCGGAUCCCGAUGCCCCGUGCCAGCUGCCAGUGUCCAGUGCUCCUUGCGUAUUCAACUGUCCGGUCAAGAAGUUUAGAGCCAACUUGAAGUUUGUGGUUCCGGACAUGCAGAAUUUCAUCAACAUCCUGGAUACCACUAAGGUUGCCGAUUUCACCAUAUUUGGCCUCAGUGCUGCUGCGGAAGUCGACACUGAAUACGGCGAGCAAAUCAUUCGCGCCGUGGAACUCCAAGGUAUUUCAUCGUACAUGGGGUGUGUUACUAAUCUUUCCAGCGCACAUCCUAAGGAAAAGUUCCAGCUGGAUCUCAAGCAGUCACUGACCAGUUUCUUCACGCACUUUUUCCCCAACGAAGAACGCAUAUACAACUUAGAAAAGCCCACCGAGGCACUGAACGCACUACGCACGCUGUGCCAGAAAUAUCCCCGGCAAGUGAGCUGGAGGGAUAAUCGAGGAUAUAUGGUUGCCGAAUCGGUAGAAUUCGAAGAGGCGACAGGGGACGUUCCUGGCGGUGAUUCCGAAGGCAUCCUUAUAGUCAAGGGUACGGUGCGCGGGAUUGGAUUCGACGCAAACCGGCUAGUUCACAUCCCAGGACUGGGCGACUUUCAACUCUCUCAAAUCGAAAAGUUGUCCGACUCGAAUCGCAGGAUUGUCAAGGCCAAAAAAAAUCAAUCUUCCGAUCCUCUAGACUUGGAUUUGAUUUCUGCAUUUGAACCCAAUCCCGACUCUCAAGACACGCUGGAUGAUUACGCUCCCAAGGAUAUGGACAUGGAGGAAUAUUCGGAUCGUGAGAAUUUUCAGUACGACGAGUUGACGGCCGCUCGUUACGACGAUCAUGGAUUCCUUCCCGGCCGGGAGCAGCCUAUGGGGAGAAAGAGACUUCCCAAAGGAACUUCGGAUUAUCAAGCCAGGUGGUACCUUGAUGAUGUGAUAGAAGCGGCGGACGAGGAAGAAUUGAUGGAUAACGACGACAACAAUAUGGCUGAAGAUGCCGACAUGGAUGCUUCUGAAAGCGAUGGCGACAUGGUCGACGAUGAAGCUGAGGACCAGCACGAUUUGGGACAAGAUGACAUGUUUGUUGACCUGUCUCCCGAGGAAGAAGAACGACAACUUAACGAAUAUCGUGCUCUAGAAAGCGAGGAUAGGGCAUUCCCGGAUGAAAUAGAGCUCGAACCUUCUCAGUCUGCAAUUGAAAGACUGAAGAGGUAUAGAGGUUUAAAAAAUUUGCAUAACUGUGUUUGGGACGUGGAUGAGCAUGACCCUGACGCUACUCCUGAAUUCAAGCGCAUCCUGCGAAUUGGUAAUUACACUAGUACUAGGAAUAGAAUCACGAAGGAAGCUAUCAAAGGAGCUGAAGUUAUCGCAGGUGAUCGAAUCAAGCUUCAUAUAAUGGUCAAGAAAAGUCUUCUAUCCAAGUUGAAAGAUCCUCAGCAUCAAGUCUUGGCUGUCUACGGAUUGUUAAAACACGAACACAAGAAUGCGUUAGUUAAUUUCUCGAUUCAGAGGUGGGAGGAUUUUGAAGACCCUGUUCCCUCGAAGGCAGCUUUAUUUGUGCAGUACGGUGUCAGAAGAUAUCAGAUUCAACCUCUGUUUUCUUCCACAUCUAAUACUCCUAAUAAUGUUCAUAAAUUUGAACGUUUUCUGCACCAGGAUUCAGCAUCGAUUGCCACGUGCAUUGCUCCAGUAGACUUUACACAAUCGCCUGCCCUUUUCUUCAAAGAGUCUGCAGAUGACAUUAAGGGUAUCAAGUUUGUCGGCCAUGGGUCUUUCCUCAACGCCGACCACACUCGUAUCAUCAGCAAGAGGUCUAUUUUAACGGGUGAUCCAUUCAGGUUCCACAAGAGCGUAGUCACCGUGCGGUACAUGUUCUUCCGUCCUGAAGACGUCGAAUGGUUCAAGUCUAUUCCACUUUUCACUAAGAGCGGCAGGUCUGGUUUUAUCAAGGAAAGCUUAGGUACUCAUGGCUAUUUCAAAGCCACUUUUGAUGGAAAACUCUCGGCUCAGGAUGUCGUGGCAAUGUCGUUGUUCAAGAGAGUGUGGCCUCGGGUAUCCAAGCCUUUGGACUUUUAG